AUGGGCUCUGUGUUACCCGCAGAUGCGCUCGCGCUCAAGUCAGGAUUCAAGUGUCCGAGUCGCUCGCUGUCAGAGAUCAUCACCUCGGACAUUUUGCACAGUUUCUUGUACGGAAGAUGGAGAAACGUGCUGGGCGAACACCUGAUGGAGGAGAGACAGAGCGCCAUCAACCCCAAGACUGCCUUCACCGCCGAGGUGCUCGCGCAGUCUUUCGCAGGAGAGGUGCAAAAGCUGUCCAGUCUGGUGUUACCCAGUGAGGUGAUCAUAGCGCAGAGCUCCAUCCCUGGAGAGGGCCUGGGCAUUUUUUCCAAGACCUGGAUUAAGGCUGGUACUGAGAUGGGUCCCUUCACUGGGAGGGUGCUGUCGCCUGAACACGUUGACCUGCUCAAGAACAACAACUUAAUGUGGGAGGUGUUCAAUGAGGAUGGCACCGUGCGUUAUUUCAUUGAUGCCAGUCAGGAGGACCAGCGCAGCUGGAUGACUUACAUCAAGUGUGCUCGCAAUGAGCAGGAGCAGAACCUGGAGGUGGUGCAGAUUGGCUGCAGCAUCUUCUACAAGGCUGUAGAGACAAUCCCACCAGAUCAGGAACUUCUUGUCUGGUAUGGAAACACCCAUAACACAUUCCUUGGGAUUCCUGGUGUCCCAGGCAUAGAUGAGGAACAUCAAAAGAAGAGUCGCAAUGAGGACUCCCAUUCAUGCGAUGGCUCUUCUUCGUGCUCCCCAUCUUCCUCCUCCGCCGGUCGUAUGCGAUGUGUUAUCUGCCAUCGUGGGUUCAACUCUCGCAGCAACCUACGCUCCCACAUGCGCAUCCAUACUCUGGACAAACCCUUUGUGUGCCGUUUCUGCAAUCGGCGUUUCAGCCAGUCAUCCACGCUCCGCAAUCAUGUGCGUUUACACACCGGUGAGCGCCCGUACAAGUGCCAUGUUUGCCAGAGUGCCUAUUCUCAGCUGGCUGGCUUGAGGGCACACCAGAAGAGUGCUCGGCACAAACCCCCUGCCCUGGGCGCAGACACAACCUCCCAAGUGUCCCCUUCUCCCCCACAGAUGUCAAGUAUGCCCCACCAGCACCAGAUGCCUAUGGUGCACCACAUCCCCACCAUGGUGCUAUGA